AUGGCCGAUCACCACUCUUCCGACCACGCCAACGGGGCCGGCCGUGACCACGAGUCGACGCCGUUGCUCCCCAGCCACAACAACGCCGGUGGCGUCAUACCCAUCUCUCACGAGGGGGAGAGCGGCAGGCAUGGCUUCCACGCUCGGCUCUUCCUCUCGAUCAUGUGGCGGAGCUCCUGUACGGCAUCGAAGCUGGUCAACGUGCUCUGGCCGUUCGUCCCGCUCGCCAUCAUACUCCACUUCUUGGACGGCCUCGAGCUCUGGAAGUUCGUCGCGGCUUACAUCGCCGUCAUCCCGUCGGCCAACCUCGUCGGCUUCGCCGGCCAGGAGUUUGCGCGCAAGAUGCCCAAGGUGGCCGGUAUCCUGCUCGAGACGACCUUUGGAUCCAUCAUCGAGAUCAUCCUCUUUGUCAGCCUCAUCGUCAAGCACAACUCGCACGUGGGCAACGGUGACGAGGGCAAUCUCAUCCCCAUCAUCCAGGCGGCCAUCCUCGGCAGCAUACUGACCAACCUCCUCCUCUGCCUCGGCCUGUGCUUCUUCUUCGGCGGCCUCCGAUACGAGAGCCAGUCGUUCCACGCCGUCGUGUCCGAGUCUGCGACCGGCCUCCUCCUCGUCGCCGCAUUCGGCCUCCUCAUCCCGAGCGCCUACUACUCGGCUCUCAAGUCGGAGACCGUCCCGGACCUGUCGUCCGGGCUCCAUGUCCUGCACGAAAGCUUCACCGAGGCCAAGCUGCAGGAGCACGUCCUGCGGAUCAGCCAGGCCACGUCAAUCGCCCUCAUCUUCGCCUUCUUUCUCUACCUCUGGUACCAGGGUAGCAGCCACCACAGCAUCUUUGACGAGGUCAUCGAGAUGGACGAGCAUGGUGAUGCCGAUCAUGAAGACGACAUGCAGAAACCAAAGUUCACCAUGACCGAGGCCAUCGUCGCCAUCGUCGCCUCCUUGGCCAUCGUCACUGUGCUGCUGGUGAUGCUCGUUGACGGAAUCGAGCACGUCGUCGAGAGCGGCGUUCCCGACCAGUUCCUCGGUCUCAUCCUGCUCCCGCUCGUGGAGAAGGGUGCGGAACAUCUGACAGCCAUCGAUGAGGCUUGGGAUGGCGUCAUCAACGUGUCCCUCUAUCACUGUCUUGCGCCUUCGAUCCAGACCGCGCUCCUGAACGCGCCGCUUGUCGUGCUUGUCGGAUGGGCUCUCGGAAAGCCGAUGGAUCUCAACUUUGAGAUCUUCAUGAUUGUCCUGCUGGUCCUGUCCAUCAUAGUUGUCGGAAACUUCCUCCGCGACGGAGAAUCCAACUGGCUAGAGGGAGCGUUGCUUGUGGUUAUAUACGCAAUCGUUGCCAUUGCAUGCUGGCACUACCCCAACCCCGAUGUCGCUACCUCCAACGGCUUGGAUGCGCAUGAGAUGGUCAACGUCACGAUGAGCCUCGAAACAGCCCAGCAGCUCCAGCAGCUGCUGAAGGUGCAGGCACUACAACUG